AUGAGUCGUUAUCGUGUGGCAGAACACGUCAAGAAAUUAAGUGGGAUAUUUCUCUCAUUUGAAUCAUUACUUCUUCUGCUUCUUCUUCUUCUUUCUCAUCAAAAUACACUCACACAAGUAGCACAAAACAAUGGGUGUUCUUGACCAUAUAUCUGAUAUGUUUGAUUGCUCUUCUCAACACUCCAAGCACAAAAGACGCAAACAAUUACAGACAGUGGAGAUAAAAGUGAAGAUGGACUGUGAAGGCUGUGAGAGGAAAGUGCGAAGGUCUGUUGAGGGAAUGAAAGGAGUUUCGUCCGUGACAAUAGAGCCUAAACAGCACAAGCUCACAGUAGUAGGCUAUGUGGAUCCAGAGAAAGUUGUGGCUCGUGUAGCCCAUCGCACAGGUAAGAAGGCAGAGAUUUGGCCCUAUGUCCCAUACGAUGUCGUUGCUCACCCCUAUGCACAGGGUGUUUAUGAUAAGAAGGCUCCUGCUGGAUACGUGCGAAGAGAUGAUUUCCAAACUAACCAGCUUGCUCGUGCCAGUUCUACUGAAGUUCGCUAUACUACUGCCUUUAGCGACGAGAAUCCUGCAGCCUGUGUGGUCAUGUGAACUAAAAUA